AUGAUCUCAACACCUUCAUCCGCCUCCAAGGGCCCUUCACAAGCCCAGCCCCGGCUUACAUCGUCCCGCUCCCGCGCGCCCCGCCUACGACUUGCUCUGACUUGGCUCCUCGUUCUGGCAUGUCUCACUUCAACUGUUCUGGCACAAGGUGAGACAUAUGCCACCUCCCUUCAACACCGACGACACCACGUUGCUGCGAUAAACCGAUAUGAACUGCACCGCCGUGGGGAAUCAAGCAAGGAUGAGGACGAUGACGAAGAGCCCGACAAGAUCACCAACCCUGAGGCACCUGCCAAGGAUGGAAGCAGCAAAACCAAGCCAAGCUCUACAACCGUCACCAUCCAGCGUACAGCUCAAACUGCCGCCUCAACCAACUCACCUCUGCCUCAGGCCUUUGAUGGGAACUUGGCCGCGGAGCUCACCACCACCUCGGACAGCAACUGCCCCUCGUUUCUCAAUGGCGUCCUCGCCGAUCCUUCGUUCGAGGCCUGCUAUCCUCUCUCCAUGAUGCUUCAGACAUCCCGUGGCUUCUUCGACGCCCAGAAGCAACUCCUCAGCAUUGUCCGUGUUCUCGACCAAACCUGUGCCGCCAACGUCACCUACUGCACCGAGUUCUUUGACGCGGCAGCCAAGAACCUGACCUCGGCAGACAACUGCAAGAAGGAGUGGGACAACGGAAACAGCAUCGUCAAGCAGUUCCUCUACGGCAUGAAGACAUACGAGAUGAUGUACAAGGCAACCUGCCUCCAGACUCCCGAUGACGACAUGUACUGCUACGCCAAUGCCGUCACCAACACCAGCACCGCCUCCAAUGCUUACUUCUACUACCUCCCCUACAACCUCACUCUGCCCGGUAGCACCAACCCCUCGUGUAGCUGGUGCAUUCAAGAAACCAUGAACAUCUUUCACGCCGCAGCCGAGGACCGGUCUCAGCCCAUCGCCCUCACAUACGAAACUGCCGCUCGUCAAGUCAACACUUUGUGCGGCAUGGACUUUGUCAAUGGCACCCUACCCCCUGAAGAGACCAAUGCCGCUCAUAGCUUUGGUCCCUCUUGGGUAGGCUUGAUGGCGACACUUGCUGGUGCUGCUCUGGUAAAUGUUCUACUAUAG